AAUCCUGGGUCAGGUAGAAAUAUCUACCUGACCUACCUGUUCUAGCUAUUUAAAGGUUGAACCAGGACUCUUUGGCCAUCAGUUCACCUUUGAGUUCAGUUCGUACAACACAUUCUGAGAUGAAGUUCGUGGCCAUUCUUUUGCUAAGCAGCCUAACCAUUGCGAUGGUUUUGGCAUUUCCUAGUAACGACGGUGAAAAUGCUGCUGUGCCAAUUGAUAACCAGUAUGUUGUUGCACUGGCCACUCCAUCAGUUCCAGAAUCCGCAGAUACAUCAGAAUCGGAGGACCAGAUCUCUAACAGCAUACGCCGGCCACGUCAUCUCCUGAGCAAACUCUUUCAACCGAAAACCGUCGUGGUUCAGCCAAUAAUUGUGGAGCAGGUGGUUCCCGCACAAUAUCCCGGAUACGCACAGCCCUAUCCUGGGUACUACAACCAGGGAAGACGCUACUAGUAGAACGUAUUUUAAGCAUUUACUUGUAGCAAAUUAAAUAAAACAAUGACGCCUGACCUUAAAGUCAAAGAUUAA